ACGCGACCCGCUGCCGGGCAGGAGAGCCAUCUCCGCUUGUAGUCAUGGCGGUGGACAUCACGCUGUUGUUCAAAGCCAGUGUGAAGACGGUGAAGACCCGGAACAAGGCGCUGGGGGUACCCCUGGGGGGCAGCGACAAUUCCCGCGAAGAUGUACUCUUGCUCAAGCGAGGUAGCAGCUCCCGUACCAAAAGUGAUUUCUCAAGCCGGGCCCGGGAAGUGGUCAAUAACAUUGGGAAACUGAAAGAUUUUCUUCUGCAGCACAGGAAAGAUUACAUUAAUGCCUAUAGCCAUGCCAUGUCUGAAUAUGUGCGAAUGACAGACACUGAGCGGGAUCAGAUUGACCAAGAUGCCCAAAUAUUUAUGAGAGCAUGUGCUGAUGCAAUUCAGCAACUGAGAACAGAAGCCCACAAGGACAUCCAUUCUCCACAAGUGAAACAGCACAGAGAAGCUAUCUUGGAUUUCAUUGAAGACUACUUAAAAAGAGUAUGUAAGCUGUAUUCAGAACAAAGAGCAAUUCGGGUCAAGCGAGUAGUUGAUAAGAAAAGAUUAUCUAGGCUUGAGCCUGAGCAAAGUAAUAAAUCCAAAGUAACAUCUUCACCUGAAAGAACUGUUCAGUCAUCUUCUGAAGAAUCUGAGGAAAAACUAAUCUAUGAAGGCAGUAGAGAUAAGAAUGUGAUAGAUGAACAUGGUAAUUAUGGACUUUGCAGUGAUGGCAAAGGAGAAGAUGAGCUUUCACCUGAAGAAAUCCAAAUGUUUGAACAGGAAAACCAGCGCCUUGUUGGUGAAAUGAACAGCCUGUUUGAUGAAGUAAGACAAAUUGAAGGCAAGGUGGUCGAAAUAUCUAGACUUCAAGAGAUAUUUACAGAAAAGGUCUUACAACAGGAAGCUGAAAUUGACAACAUCCAUCAGAUAGUUGUGGGUGCAACUGAGAAUAUCAAGGAAGGCAAUGAAGACAUAAGAGAGGCAAUCAAGAAUAAUGCUGGAUUUCGUGUGUGGAUUCUCUUCUUUCUUGUGAUGUGCUCGUUCUCUUUGUUGUUUUUGGACUGGUAUGGCAGCUAACUUUGUCCUUAUUUGCUACAUUUGUCCAACCUUGGCUGAAGUCUGGACCAAUAUUGACCGAAGAUAUUUUCUGUGCAAAACUCCUAUUUCCUGCAUUCAUCAUCAUGGUGGAAAUAUCUUGAUCAGAAAAAUGUACUUCUGUAUGUCCUUGUGACAAAUAUACUGGUUACAUCCACGUUUACAUCCACGCUCAGGCUGCAACAUGAGAAACUAAAGCAGGUAGAAAUAGAGCAAAGGAGAGAGAAUCUUUAAAAAAAGUGUAACACUAGUUAUUGCAGUGGGACAUAAUGGAGGUAGGUAGGGUGCAACAUUUACAAAGGAAAUUGUGUGGUGAGUGAACAGAAAUUGCUUUUCAGCCGUCCACUCAGUAUCUGUUUUAAUUACCUGUUCUCCCACUAAAUAAAAACUAUGUUGUAUGCA